AUGCUUUCUUCAACAGCACAGGCACUCCGGGCCGGCGCUCGGGGGGGCAUUCGAUGCCGGACCACGAUCCGGGCAGCCUCGUCGCGCUCUCCACGGCUUGCGCCUUCGCGGCGGACAGCUGCACAGCUCCCGGCUCAGCUGCAGCUGCAGCUGCAUCAGCAGGUCCGGGCGCUUUCGGCGUCGGCUCGCCAGCAGACGGACCUCAGCACGCGCGGACUGAUGAUCCAGGCACUCAGCUCGAUCGGAUCGAAGCGGGAGGCGCAGCAGUACCUUUCGCACUUCACGUCGGUGUCGUCGCAGAAGUUUGCAGUGAUCAAGGUGGGCGGAGCGAUCCUGACGGACUAUCUGGACGAGCUGUGUGCCAGCCUGGCGUUUCUCUACCACGUGGGCCUGUACCCGGUGAUCGUGCACGGGGCGGGACCGCAGCUGAACAAGCUGUUGGAGGACGCGGGCAUCGAGCCGCAGUUUGAGGAGGGCAUCCGGGUGACGGACGGGCCGACGCUGGCGGUGGCACGCAAGCUGUUCAUGGAGGAGAACCUCAAGUUCACGCAGCGGCUGGAGGAGUACGGGAUCCACGCGCGGCCGAUCACGACGGGGGUGUUUUAUGCAGACUACCUCAACCGGGAGAAGUGGGGCUAUGUCGGCAAGGUCAACCGGGUGGCGACAGACGUGGUGGAGGCAGCGAUCAACCAGCGGUUCCUGCCAGUGCUGACGUCGCUAGCGUGGACAGAAUCGGGACAGCUGCUGAACGUGAACGCAGACGUGGCAGCGGCCGAGCUGGCACGCGCGCUGGAGCCGCUCAAGGUGGUGUACCUGUCGGAGAAGGGCGGUCUGGUGGACGGUGAAGGCGGCAAGAUCUCGGCGAUCAACCUGGACGAGGAGUUUGCGUGGUAUAUGGCACAGCCGUGGUGCCGGUACGGGACGCGACUCAAGAUCAAAGAGAUCAAGGAGCUGCUGGACACGCUGCCGCGCGAGUCGAGCGUGGCGAUUAUCCGGCCGCAGGACCUGCACAAGGAGCUUUUCACGGACUCGGGCGCGGGCACGCUGUUGCGUCGCGGCACGAAGCUGCUGACGGCGAGCGACGUGAGUGACUUUGGCGACCUGGAGCAGCUGAAGCGGGUGCUGCUGCGCGACCGUGACGGACCGAACGGACGGCGGACGGUCGAGACGUAG